AUGACAAUUUCAUUUUCGAUUCUCUUCGUAUUUUUGGCUGCAAUUGGUGGUGGAUUGCUUUACUAUAAUAUAUCGGUAUUUUGCUUGAAAAAUAAGAAGAUAAAAGAAUUCGUCAAGAAAAAAUCGUCGAUGAAAUAUGGCCUUGGUAUCGGAGUUGUUCUUGUGUUGAGUGUGUGCGCUGCUGUUGUUCUAUUUUUUGGUGGAUUUACAAAUGGAGGAAGCCAUUAUGUUAAUGAUUGUGGCGGUGAAGUUUCUGGAGUCCAAACUCUUCAAAAAUCCGAGAAUCUUCUUCAAAGUUCUUCAUUAUUUCCAAAAUCACAAAUUGAGAGAAUUGUGAUAGAUUUCAAUCAAACUAUUAUAUCAAAACUUAAUAGUAGUACGAUGAAUAGUUUUGUCAAAGUAAGAAUAAUUCAUUUUGAAACCAGUUCAACUUUUUCUUGUAGAAUGUCACGGAACAUAAAAAUUAUAUGAAAGGAGAUGCGAAGGAAGAGUUUGAUUAUGACUUGGGGAGACUUAUAAGAAAUGGUAAUAAAAGCUGUGGUACUAAAGCGGAAGAAAAUCUACGAAAAAACGAAAAAUUUCUAAAAACAUCAGAUUUCGAAAGAUUUGUCUCAAAUAUUCCAAAUUAUCUCAAAAAAAUGGUCGAGGAUGUUAGUGGAAAAACCAACGCUUUAUUCAGAAAAGUCAGCAUCCAGUCACAAAUUAUUACCAAACACGUUCAACCGAUGAAUGUGAGUUCAAAAAAAUACAUUUUACUAUCAUCUUGCUUCUAAUGCGGUGUGGGAACCUCCGGAAUUUCUCGGUUUUUUUGGCGGACGGUCGAAGUUUCUGAUUUCAUAAGAUAUGAGAUAAAAAGUUCGGCCCUGUGUUCGCUAGAGGCCGAUUUAUUUUUUCAACACGGUAUUUUAUGUUUUUUUUUCUUCUAACUACAUCCGCUCAUGUACAGCAGAUUAAAAAUGACGUGACACAUGCACACCAAACAAGUUGGCGAAUAUUUAUUUUCCAAAUAGACUUCAAAUUUUUGCAAAGCCUUUUCCCCAGACCAUUUUGGUUCUCUUUCAUGGCUCUUAUAUUUUCGGAUUGACAAUAAAUGAAUACAAAUGAAUCUACUGUGAUGAUAAUUUAAUAGAAAUGAAAUUUAAACAAGAAAUUCUGCUGAAAAAGCUAAUUUUCUGAAAGUUUAUCACACAAAUAUAUAUUCUGGAAAUCCAUCGCCCGAAAAAAUCCAAAAAAAUUUACAGCACAUCCUAUCAAAGACUUCAUCAAUAGCAAACAAUUUCGAUCGUGAAGUGAAAAAAGGAAUAUCAUCAGAUUAUAUUGGAAGUCUCGAUUUAUACGUCAACGUAGCCAUGAUAAUUACAAUUAUUUUUAUCAUCAAACUUCUUAUAAUUACUGGAUUGAUUUUCACAUACAAAGGAAAAAGUUGUAUAUUGAAAUACGCAUGCAUGUCUGGAUACGUGAUUUACUUUAUAUUUUUAUGUUCUUCCUUGGGAGCUGUUAUUGGAAAUGGUAUGAUGAUUUCAACAAUUGAAUCAUGCAAAUUCAACAACAAAAAAGGAUUAGCAAGUGUUGUUCACGAAACAGAAAGGUAAAUUUGAUAUUAAAAAUAAAAUACUGUAUUGUAAGUUUGCACAAAAUGACGACUGGCUGAAAAAAUUUAAAUUAUGAAUACCUUAUGGAAUAAAACGCGAUCAUCUUGAAUACUAAUUAACACAUCGGCAAAAUGUCAUUCAAAUUGAAAAUAAUAAAAUCACUUCAAAUUUACGAUAAUGUUUAUAUAUUUUCUCUAACUUGAUCGUAUCAAAUUUCAAUAUUAUCAUUGAUUGUUUCAAAAUUGUCCCCUAAAAAUCUUUUAAUUUUAGAGAUUCAGCUUGUCAAACUGGAAAUGCAAUUUUUAUGAUGACGAACACUCAUAUUGACAUCUCGCCAAUUCUUCAAGUAUUGAAAAAUGAUGUGGAAAAUCAUAAGAGUGAAAUAAUUAAAAUUGUUGAUAAAACAACAACUGAUGUUAUAAAUUCGAUGAAAUCUAUAUUAACUGAUGAAACAAGAAAAAGAAGAGCAUAUUUGGAUAAUAAUUAUGAUACUAAUGGUUGCCAACCAAUAGAGUUUGCCACUGCAAAAAGUAUUGCCGAUUCAGUAGAAGUGACUAUUGAAUUUUUCCAGGAUCUAGUAUCAAACCUUUCAAAAAAUAAGAAACACAUUUUGGCUGAUAUAACUGAGUUUCAAACAACUCUAACAACUUCGGUGACACAAUAUACUAGUUCAAUGAUUCUGGAUAUUCAAAAUAUUCUACAAAAAGUUAACGUAAGUCAUCAACUUCUAUAUUAUUUUCCAAGGUAUCUUUCCGCAUUUCAAGGUCGCUUCAUUUCUUGUUUAUUUUAAUUUUCUUGUGGGAUUUUGAUAGAAACUGAAAGCAAUUUUAAGGGUUCGAAUUUAUGAAAUAAGUGUACUAACAAAUAAUAGAUCCUAAUGUGACCCAAAAAUUGUAAUUCAGCCUAAGCUCAAGGAAAAACUCGAUCAACAGCGCAUUUUUAAACUUUGAUUGCUCUUUUCAACUGUUCUGGAGUAAUGUUAUCAAACUUCCAAUUUGUAACAUGAAAAAAAAAUAAAUUUUAAAAUAAAUUUUUCUGAAAAAUAGACGGUGAGAUUUAUUUAUAAAUUGAUGCAUAUAUGUAAAACUGGACGAGGAAUUCAAAAACAUUAGUCUGGGUACAUGCCGACGCCAUUUUUUGGUCUAAAAAUUAUUCUUAUAUUUAUAAAGAUAUAUCUUAUUUUUUAAUAUACAAAAUUCAAAAUUUGAUAACAGUUCUCUGAUCUAAUUAAAAAGAGAGAAAUUCAAGCUUUAAAAUUAUCUUUCGGUCCAGUUUUUUCGUUGAGGUUAAGCUGAAUUACGCAUUUUCAAAAUUAGAAGAUUUUUUUUACUUUUUGAAAGUUGUUCAGAAUUUCAACCUCAGAAUUCUCAUGAAAGAAAUGUUUACUUACAAAAUCCAUUUUGGAUUUUUCAUAACUUCUCAUAAGACACGUAUUUGAACUUUGCCAUUGCUCGUUCCAAAAUCAAAUCAACACACGAAAAUGUCGCCCUAAAAUUGUCCCUAAACUCGUCAACAAACAAAAAUGAGUUUCCGAAAAUUUUCGCUCUGUAAUUUCAGGUUCUGAAAGUGUUAUGAAUAUCGCACCAUUUGCAACCUUAAAGGUGGAGUCCGAGCAAAAAUAAGUUGUGUGAAAGAGCAUGUUCUAAUUAGCACAAUCCUAGAAGGAUUUUCUCUGGAAGUUUCUCAAACAUUAAUUAAAAAUUUACAAAAUUCGAAAAAAUAGUGAAACACCGUGUAAAAUAGCUUGAAAGUUCAUAAGUGCUGUAGCUUUUGUAUGUUUGAGAAGCUGUCCAAUAUGUGUUUGUUUGCUUAUAGCGUUAUAUUGGUGUUGAAACAAACAUUUUGAAAACAUACAAUCAUAUUUUUUUACAGAAACUUAUCGACGAUGCAAAUUUCAAAUGUAGACCAUUCUUGGAUUCUUUUGAAAAUUGUCAUGUUGAUAUGUGCGGAAGAUUGACAGAUUUCAAUAAAUUUAAGGCAAGAAAAUUGUAUUGUGUUAUUGCGAUUUUCGGUUUGAUCGGUGUUUGUGGUGCUUAUGUUGGAUUUUGGGCACAGUCUCUUUUGUUGAAAAAUCAAAAAGAUGAGAAUGAAAUUCCAGUGAAAAAUAAUGAUGUAGAAGCAAAUUCAAAUACAAAAUCGAAAUCGAAAUCAACCAACAAAACAGGAGAUAUCAAAUCAAAAACUGUAUCGAAGAAAUGA